AAAAAAAACUAAGAAUACCAAAAUUGCGAAAAGAAAAUAAGGUAAACAAUGGCUUCGCUAGGAUUAGCAAAUUCAGCAGAGCUAGGUUUUGCGUCAUCGUUUUCGUCGAAUUCACUAGGGUUUCAUCGGAGCAACACUCCAUCCCCGUUCUUCUCUCGACAAUGCAUUUUCCCUGGACCUCGAAGGAGGAGGUGCCUCCGUUUCUAUGCUCGCACUUCCUUCACCUCAUCGGCCUCCGCUAAGAUUAAGGUCCUCGGCGUCGGCGGCGGCGGCAACAAUGCCGUUAACCGCAUGAUUAACAGCGGCUUACAGGGUGUUGAUUUUUAUUCCAUAAACACUGAUGCUCAAGCACUACUGCUUUCUGCUGCAGAGAACCCAAUUCAAAUUGGAGAGCUUCUGACUCGUGGACUGGGCACAGGUGGUAAUCCGCUUUUGGGGGAACAGGCAGCAGAGGAAUCAAAGGAAAUCAUUGCAAAUGUUCUGAGGAGUUCAGACAUGGUGUUUAUAACAGCAGGAAUGGGUGGAGGUACAGGCUCUGGUGCUGCUCCCGUUGUUGCACAGAUAUCAAAAGAAGCUGGUUAUCUUACUGUUGGGGUGGUUACUUAUCCAUUCAGCUUUGAAGGACGCAAGAGAGCAUUACAGGCUCUGGAAGCUAUUGAAAGACUUAAGAAAAGUGUUGAUACUCUUAUAGUGAUCCCUAAUGAUCGCCUGCUGGACAUUGCUGACGAACAGACUUCUCUUCAGGAUGCCUUUUGUCUUGCUGAUGAUGUACUACGUCAAGGUGUCCAAGGAAUUUCUGAUUUAAUCACAAUACCUGGGCUUGUAAAUGUAGAUUUUGCAGAUGUAAAAGCAGUAAUGAAAGAUUCUGGAACAGCCAUGCUUGGAGUUGGAGUUUCAUCUAGCAAGAACCGUGCUGAAGAAGCAGCAGAACAGGCAACUCAUUCUCCUUUGAUUGGAUCUAGCAUCCACUCUGCUACCGGAGUAGUAUACAAUAUCACGGGAGGGAAAGAUAUAACAUUGCAAGAAUUGAAUAAGGUCUCUCAGGUUGUGACUAGUCUAGCUGAUCCUACUGCUAACAUUAUAUUUGGAGCUGUUGUGGAUGAGCGCUACAAUGGAACAAUCCACGUGACUAUAAUAGCCACCGGCUUCACAGAGUCAUUUCAGAAGACUCUUCUGGCCGACCCCAAGGGCGCUAAGGUAGCCGAUAGAGGAGGCGAAAGAAGCCAACAGAGCGUGGCAUCACCACCUACUCCAUCUCCAAGGUCAUCAUCCUCACCUUCCACUACCAGUUGGCCAUCUCGCCGAAAUCUCUUCUUCUAGCCUUCUUGUUUUUGAAUUUGAAGCUUUCUCUCCUCUCCUUUAUACACCCUUUUCUCCUCUCUUUCUUCAUGAUUCAUAUAGUUGUAAGAUGUUAAUGAUAAAUAUGAUGAGGUAUAUGUGCAUUUCUCAAUAUACCUUGGUUUGAAUCUUUA